AUGAUCAAUCCUCCUGGACACCGCAGCCGUGACGGCUUCCAGUGGACCAGAGAGGGCGGUCUCCAAGCCGGGAUCCCCUCGCUGGGCGUCAUCAAGCCGACGAACAACCUGUCACCGGCCGGCACGAACGACGCUGUCUUCGAUGUCAUCGUCGUCGGCGGCGGAUACACGGGUCUCACGGCCAUCCGCGACCUCGCCCUGGCCGGGCACCGGGUGCUCCUGCCUGAGGCGCGAGACCGGAUCGGCGGCCGGUCGUGGUCGUCCAACAUCGACGGGUACCCGUACGAGCUGGGCGGCACAUGGCUGUUCCGCUACGGCAUGUCGUCGGCUCUUGAGAUCUCGAUGGUGACCGAGAGCGGGCUGAACAAGUGCUUCGUGGAUAUGGGCUCGAACAGGUUGGAGAUGAGCCACGAGCGAGAGGACAUCCCGUCCGAAAGCGCCCUCAUCAAGUACAUCGAUGUGGACGGACAUCUCGCUCGGACCGUGAUCCCCUUUCCGCACGACCCGCACUACGACAAAGAAGCGGUUGCGCACUAUGACGCCAUGAGCAUGGCCGACCGGCUGGCCGAGAUCGCCGACGAGCUCACGCCGGUCGAGUACAGCAUGCUGGAGCAGUUCCUGGCCGUCACGUGCGGCAGCGGCCGGUUCGAGGACGCGUCGUUCUUUGAGGUGCUCCGCUGGUGGGCCCUGAUGAACUAUAGCUACCGCGACUUCAUCGCCCUCGGCCUUACCUACAAGCUGCGGCACGGCCAGCCGGCCUUGGCGCGCGGCUUCUUUGACGAGGCGCUGGCCACAGGCAACCUCCGCAGGAGCAGCAGCAACAGCAGUAGCAGCAGCGCAGGCACAGGUACCACAGCGACCUUCCGGGCGCAUCGCGUCAUCUGCACGGUGCCGCUCAACGUGCUCUACAAGAUCGACUUCUCGCCGCCGCUUUCACAAGCCAAGAGCGAAGCGUCCAAGCUGGGGCACGUCAACCAGGUGGCCAAGUGCCACGCCGAGCUGGGCCACCCGGAGCUGCGGUCGGUCACGGCCUUCUCGCGCGACGCCAAGCUGACCUACGGCUUCGGCGACGGCACGACCCCGGCCGGCAACACCCACCCCGAGGAGGACAUACAGGAGACGCUGCAGGCGUGGCGGGAUCUCAUCGUCGGCAGAAAUACUCCUGGUACUACUAUGAUGGAGGGCGUUUAUUGA